AUGGCUGCAGUUAAGCCCCAUAGUCUGCAUAGCCUGGGACCGGUCCACCCUCCCAAAGUGGAGACAAGGGCCAUCAAACCCUCGAUCGCGAGACAUGUCAACAUCCGCGUCAACGAUCCGCUUGAUCAUGACGCACCGGCCAUUCUACACGAACCUCGCAGCUAUUCCGCCGUUGAGGCAAAGCAGUCGGCCGUCGUCUUGGUUAGUGGAGCUGGGGGCGGGGUCAGCGGGCCCAGCGGUAUCUACCCAUCUCUGGGGGACAAGAUCGCCCUUCUACUUGGCAUCCCCUGCAUCCGACUUGACUACCGCCAACCUGCGAGGACGGAGUACUGUUCCGCCGACAUCGUAGCCUCUUUCACCUACCUGCGCGAGCACUUCAAUUCGUCGGGCUUCGUCCUCGUCGGCUGGUCCUUUGGCGGGAGUCCCUGUUUCACCGUCGCCGCGAAUGAGCUCAAUCGCGUCCGCGGCGUGGCUACCGUGGCCUCACAGUCCGCAAAUACGGAGGGGAUAAAAAAAGUGAGUCCGCGACCGGUGCUCUUGCUGCAUGGGACCGAUGAUAAGGUGCUCUCGCCGACGUGCUCGGAGACACUGUAUAGGGAGUAUGGGAGUACGGGUCCGAGGGAGUUGAAGCUGCUCCCCGGGGAUGACCAUGGACUCACGAAACAUGCGACUGAAGUGGAAAAGAUAAUCUUUGAGUUUGCUGCUAAGACGCUUGGCUUUGAGAAGCUCUUGAACCAGACAACGACCCUAAAGCAAGCGGAAGAGGAUCUGGUUGAGAGUCGGGAUGAGAGGAUUAGAGAGAUGGUUGAAGGGCAUGAUCUUGAGGGUGGGGAGAGGCUUCAGUAG